UCGGUAUCUACCGUAGGUAUCUGACCACAGUAGUACGGAUCGAGUUUGAAGGAUUAAACGUCACCUAAGAGUAGUUAGUUGUUCGCAUUAAGAUGGCUGGUAUUGUGGUGUCGGCUCUUGUGUUAUAUUGGCCCUAUUUAGUCAUCUUGGCCUUGACUUUUGAGCUUUUGAGACCGCAUUUCCAGAAGAAAAAAACCCGAGCUUUCCCCGAUCUCAAGGCGAAAAAAGUGACCGAUGUGUACGAAAAGAGGAAGGAAGCGGCGGAUGACAGUGACAAUGAAGGAGACGACGGGGAUGACGAUGAGUACAAGCCUCCAAUUGCCCCGGAUGUCCCAUUUGUACCUUAUACUGCUCCACGAUAUUCGGAGAAAGAAAUGUUGGAGCGAUCACAAGCGUUUUUUGAGGAGAUGAACCAAAGGCGAACCAUUCGUUUCUACAGCGAUCGGCCUGUGCCUAUGGAGGUCAUGGAAAGCAUCAUUAGAACCGCUGGAACUUCUCCCAGCGGAGCUCACACCGAGCCUUGGACAUACGUGGUGGUUUCGGAUGCGAAGUUAAAGGAAGAUAUACGAGCUAUUGUUGAGGCCGAAGAGGAAAUCAACUAUACGAAAAGGAUGGCGGGUCAAUGGACUGCAGAUCUGAAAUUUGUCCGAACGGAAUGGACCAAACCGUAUUUGACCGAAGCCCCGUACAUCGUUUUGUUGUUCAAACAAGUUUACGGACUGAUGCCCAGAGGCCGUAAGAAGAACCAUUACUACAACGAGAUCUCGUGCAGCAUUUCUUGCGGGCUGUUUCUUGCGGCUGUCCAUCAUGCUGGUUUAGCGACCUUGACCUCAACCCCCAUGAAUUGCGGUCCAGCACUGCGACAGCUCUUAAAUCGACCUGAAAAUGAGAAACUGCUCCUCCUUUUACCUGUGGGCUAUCCCUCGGAUGACGCCAUGGUUCCGGGAAUUGGUCGGAAACCCUUGGAUGAAAUCAUGGUAUCUUACUAAGUCUAAGUCAUAUGUGAGUCAAGGUGUAUUGACGAACUUAAACACAUUCGAUAGUUAAGCUAA